AGCUAAGGUUUCGAGGCUAGCGGCUUUUAGCUCAAACGGAGACAGAGAAGGUGGGCGACAACUGACGACGAUGAUUGCCACUUCAAUGUCUAUGCUCCAGCAAGUGUGUUCCGUGCAAAUCGCACGUGCCAUGCGACCUCGUUCCGUUACCAUCAUAUCCUCUCGUAGCCUCUCCACCACAACCUCUUCCUCCUCCACUACAUCUCGUGCCUCUCAAGUGGACCCUCACGUGCUCCUCGGCAUGUCGGAGCCCGAGCUUCAACAACUCGCAACCGACCUUGGACAGCAAAGCUAUAGAGGAAAGCAGCUCCAUCAUCUAAUAUACCAGAGAAAAGUCAAAGAAAUCCAGGAUUUUAGUCAAUUGCCUCUGGUAUUUCGAAAUGAUCUUCAAGAAGCUGGAUGGAAAGUCGGGCGGUCACCUAUUUUUCAAACUGUAACUGCAGCUGAUGGCACGGUUAAGUUACUGAUAAGACUGGAGGAUAACAGAUUGAUUGAAACUGUUGGUAUUCCAGUUGAAGAUGAGAAAGGUUCAAUGCGGCUUACUGCCUGUGUUUCAUCUCAGGUAGGCUGUCCUUUGCGCUGCUCAUUUUGUGCCACUGGAAAGGGUGGUUUUUCAAGGAAUCUUCAAAGGCAUGAAAUUGUUGAGCAGGUUUUGGCUGUUGAGGAGAUCUUCAAGCACAGGGUGACAAAUGUAGUGUUCAUGGGAAUGGGUGAACCAAUGUUGAACUUGAAGUCGGUACUUGAAGCACACCGAUGCUUGAAUAAGGAUGUUCAAAUUGGGCAAAGAAUGAUCACAAUAUCAACUGUGGGGGUUCCAAACACAAUUAAAAAGCUGGCUUCUCAUAAACUUCAGUCAACAUUGGCCUUAAGCUUACAUGCUCCAAAUCAGAAACUUAGAGAAACAAUUGUUCCAAGUGCGAAAUCCUACCCUCUAGAUGCAAUUAUGAAAGAUUGCAAGGAGUACUUCCUUGAAACCAGUCGACGAGUAUCCUUUGAGUAUGCACUUUUAGCUGGGGUCAAUGAUAGAGUGGAGCAUGCUAAAGAACUUGCUGAGCUACUUCACCAGUGGGGACGUGGUCAUCAUGUGAAUCUGAUUCCUUUCAAUCCAAUCCAAGGUUCUGAUUACAAGCGUCCACACAAAAAGGCGAUACAAGCAUUUGCAGCUGUGCUAGAGUCUCGUAAAGUAACUGUAAGCGUGCGCCAAACAAGGGGCCUGGAUGCAAGUGCAGCUUGUGGUCAACUAAGAAAUGAAUUCCAAAAAAGUCCUUUAGUCAUAAAUUCUGACAGCUUGGAAUCUCAACCAGAGAAUGUUGCAGUCGCAUGCUGAUGCCAAUCAGUCUUUGGUUGGUUGAGUAUCUGAUGGCAUUUCACACUUGUCUCUUCCCCAAUCUGCAAGAAUCUUGUUGCUUGAUGACCAGGCUAGUUGGUGUUUCCGAGCAUGCUCGUUAUGGUGUAAUCUAGAAUUUGCAUCUGCCUUGCGGCUGCUGAAGUGAAAGUUCGUUUCAUACAUGAUGCGAAACACACGGGGUUCAAUGAAUGGGCUCAUUUUACCGAUUGGUUUGGGGGGUUCUGGGUUGUGAAUAGCCUGAAAACUCAUGAGAUGAAGAGUGGAGGACACGCUUUUCUCAAUGAUUUUCCUCUUCGUACCGGGGAGGGGAGCGAUCGUGAUUAUACACAAGCACAACCAUCAGUUUUAGCUAAUAGAUUGUAAAGAUGCAACCUGCUCCCAUCUUCUGUUUUGAUUAUUAAUAAUAGUGCUUCCAUCUUUGCUCAUAAAGAGAGAGAUCAGGCGUUGGACCGUGGAGGCAGGACCACAAGUCUCUCAAAAAAAAGGUAUUCUAUGAGACCGUUGUUUGUAGCUAGGCAGACAUUUUUUAUUUGCGUUAUUAGUGGAUUUAUACCUGUCAUUACAUUA